AAUAAAAUUCUUCUGAUGUUGGAGCCUAUUAAGAAGUGGAUUAAUUUAUUUUUGCUAAUGUAUUAAGGUUACAGAUCUAAAUUUAUAUAAAUAAUAUAUCUAUUGUAACUUGUUUAUUUAUUUGUUUUGUUUAGACCCUCCUCCUUAUCAGGUGACCUCCUGCUGUGAUUAGGCAGCGGAAGCAGCUGCUGCAGGGCAUCUGAUUGUUUGGUUAAGGAGCGAGGGGUGAAAUAGUUUUUCCACCGUACCAAAUAAAGUUUAAUUUUACAUUUUUGGAAAGUCAACUCGGAGAGUGUUUCUGUUAUUUUUGUACAUUGAGAAAGUCACCGUUUGCCACCAGAAAACUUUCCGCGAGUGCUUUGGUUUGGAUGAGUCGGAAAACCCUCCUCCUAGAAACUACUCUGGCACCUUUUGAUUUUUGAUUUUUGUUAAAAUCCAAGAGUAGCCGUAACAAGUGGAAAAACUAAAAAACUUCACUGAUGACUUGAUGAAAGACGCAAAGUUGGGGGAUCCAGCGGAUCACUCGCAGACGAACAAAGAAAGCAGCCAGCGGGCCGUGAGUAAAACCAGCUGAUUAAGUUUAUGAAUGAAAGCGCCGCUGCGCUACAAAGAAACUAUGGAUCACUACCGAAAGCAAAGUUGUUGAUUUUGAAAAAGGACUGUGGCAAAGAAGAAUUUUUAUUGAUGAACUUAUUUGACAGAGAAGGGAUCUGUGUGAUAAUUAACGAUGUCUGAUCCUGAAACUCCUCCUGCGUCUGAGGACAUGUUAAAGGUGCGCGUUCUUUCGCGCAGAGGCAGACUGGGUGCCUGUACUAGAAAGAUUAAUGAAAUCAAGACUUUGAUGUCGGAUGCAGGAAAUGUUGAUGCAGUCAAUGAAUCAGUGCAAGCAUUUAAGGAAGCUGUGGAUGAGUUUAGAAAUGCUCAUAAGUUAGUUCAAGAGCUCUUAUCAGAGGAAGAAAAAGAAAAUGAUUACGAUGACUGGUUUGAGCCUCGAAUAACUAACCUAAAUUAUUUUUUGAACGAUGUUGAAACAUGGAAAAAAGACAUUGUACAAUCAACAAUCAGACCAUCUGACAGCAUAUCCAAUGUAUCACAGAAAUCAAAAUCCUCUUCUUCCAUAAGAUCAUCAGCAUCCAGAUCUUCCUCAGUCUCUUCAGAGUUAAAAAAGGCCAAAGCAGAACAGGCUGCUGCACUGGCACGAGUAGCUGCCUUGAAAGAGAAACAUGCUUUGCAAAUGGAGGAAGCAAAAUUGAAGUUAAAGAUGGAGCAAAUUGAGCUAGAAGCUGAUCUUGCAGCAUCAACCGCUAAAAUAAAGACCUUGCAAAGUGAUGAGGUGGACCAGAAACCAUCUUUAGGUGAUGGCAUGAAUGAAUAUUAUAGCUCUCAUCAAGAACCAGAGUCGAUAGAGGGCAAUGUGGAAUUUAUGCAGCUAGGUGCUAUACCAAAAACUCCACUUCAACGGACUAUUUUUGAGAGAUGUAAAUCUUCUCCCAGGAGUUUAAGCACAGCAGAGAAUAAACCUCAAAAUAAGAAUCCCACUGAAAGUGAAACUGAAGCUGCAACUUAUGAUCAUAAUGCAUCUCAAACUGUACAAGAUUACCCAGAUGUGGCUGUUACUGCUGCUAAUGAAAAUUUUAAUGUUGUUAUUCAAAGACAAAAUGACAAAGCAGAACUUAUUGUCAGCCAGCAAAGUCUUUGUUACCUCCGAGAAAUAUUUCUGUGUUUGAUGGUAACCCAUUAAAAUACCAGUCUUUUGUUCAUGCAUUUGAACAAUUAAUUGAAGACAGGACUAAAAAUGAUAAAGACAGACUGUAUUAUCUAGAACAAUUUACAUCUGGUUUGCCAAGAGAUUUGGUUCGCAGCUGCUUACAUAUGGAAGGAAGUAAAGGCUACAGAGAAGCUAAACAACUUUUAAAGGAGCACUUUGGAAAUGAAAUUAAAGUUUCUGGAGCUUAUUUGGAUAAAGCCUUGAACUGGCCAGCAAUUAAAGCUGAGGAUGGAAAAAUGCUGUACGCAUAUGCAAUGUAUUUGAGAGGAU